CAGGGGUAUCCGGGUCUGAGGUCCCAGGUGGGACGGGGAACCGAACCGGCUUGCGCCUCUGGGACUCGGCUUCUGUGCGUCAGCCCCGCCCGUUGUCCUGGCAACAGGCCGUUGCCGGGGCAACCAGCGCUACCUUCACCCCGCCCUCGUGGAGCCAGCCGUUGCUCUGGGCAACCCGGUGCGCUGGUUCCCACGCCCGCCCUCGCCCACUUCCGGUUCAGGCCCCGGGGAAGGGCAAGGAAGGGACAGAAGUCAGCGGGAUUGGAUUCCUGGAGGCCUUGGAGGGAGGGGGCGUCCCUUGGGAUGAGACUUGGUCCUGGAAUCCACCCCCAGCCCUCGCCCUCCGUCGCAGGAAGGCUGAAACAACAACCCCCAGCAUGCCUCGCGGCGGUUGGCAGGUUCCCAUACGGGACCAUACGGCCCAGGGUGCCGAUGGGAGUUGGAGUUCUUUGUUGUUCGGAUGGCUCGACGGAUGCACGGGGUGGGUGUGGGGGGACUAGAGCAUUUGGGUGCCUCCGCAGAAAGAACAGUAAGACCCCGCCGCCAUGUUCCCGGAGCCCCCAACACCGGGGCCUCCAGCGACCGACACGCCUCCUGACUCGAGUCGCAUCAGCCACGGCCCUGUGCCCCCCUGGGCUCUGGCCACCAUCGUGCUGGUCUCAGGCCUCCUCGUCUUCAGCUGCUGUUUCUGUCUCUACCGGAAGCGUUGUCGGAGGCGGAUGGGCAAGAAGAGCCAGGCUCAAGCCCAGGUCCACCUUCAGGAAGUGAAGGAGCUGGGCCGGAGUUACAUAGACAAGGUGCAGCCAGAAGUGGAGGAGCUGGAGCCGACACCAUCUGGGCCAGGGCAGCAGGUGGCAGAGAAGCAUGAACUAGGACGACUACAGUACUCACUGGAUUAUGAUUUCCAGAGUGGCCAGCUGCUGGUGGGCAUCGUGCAAGCUGAGGGAUUGGCAGCCUUGGACCUAGGUGGCUCCUCUGACCCCUACGUGCGGGUUUACCUGCUGCCAGACAAACGGAGGCGGCACGAGACCAGGGUGCAUCGGCAGACGCUGAACCCACACUUUGGGGAGAACUUUGCCUUCAAGGUCCCCUACGUGGAGCUAGGGGGCAGGGUACUGGUCAUGGCAGUAUACGACUUCGACCGCUUCUCCCGCAACGACUCCAUUGGGGAGGUGCGGGUCCCCAUGAGCUCCGUGGACUUGGGGCGGCCAGUGCUGGCCUGGCGGGAGCUGCAGGCGGCUCCUCGGGAGGAGCAGGAGAAACUAGGUGACAUCUGCUUCUCCCUCCGCUAUGUCCCCACGGCCGGGAAGCUCACCGUCAUCGUCCUGGAGGCUAAAAACCUGAAGAAGAUGGAUGUAGCAGGGCUGUCAGAUCCGUAUGUCAAGGUCCACCUGCUGCAGGGUGGCAAAAAGGUGCGGAAGAAGAAAACGACCAUCAAGAAGAAUACUCUGAACCCCUAUUACAACGAGGCCUUCAGCUUCGAGGUGCCCUGUGACCAGGUCCAGAAGGUUCAGGUGGAGCUGACUGUGCUGGACUAUGACAAGCUGGGCAAGAACGAGGCCAUCGGGAGGGUGGCCGUAGGGGCAGCGGCCGGGGGCGCUGGGCUGCGGCACUGGGCAGACAUGCUGGCCAACCCCCGGCGGCCCAUCGCCCAGUGGCACUCGCUGCGGCCCCCUGACCGAGCGAGGCCACCGCCAGCACCCUGAUACCCACCCUCAAGCCCCUGACCCCAGACUCCUGUCCAAAGCCACGUCCAUGCCCACCUAUAAGCCUUCUCUGAACGCUAACACCGCCCCCCCACUCUACCCAUUCCUGCCUUCUCCCCAUCCCCAUUAUGCCAAUCAUGAUAACCUGCCAACUCCCCCAAUAUGGCACAUGCCCCAAAGCCCCAGGGACCCCUGGGGGAGGAGGAGAGCAGUCUGGUCUCCCGCCAUCCCAGGGUCUCGCCCUCUGCUUUGACAAUCAGUGAUCCCAGCCUACUAUCCCCUUGGCUCCCAGUAUCCCUUUUCCUGCACAGUAUCACCCAGUCCUGUCCCCGGUCUGAUUCCUGCACCGCUCCUGGGACCAAAUAAAUACUCAGCAACUUU